AUGUUUACCUCUCUGAUAGUCCUCUCAUAUCUCCACAAUAGAAUGGAAACGGAUAGGUCGAAUCUAUGCGGUUGCAAGGGUAUUCGAACUUGCUUGAAAUGUGAACAACAAUUUGACAUUCCUUGUAAAAAUAAAUCAAUCCAUGAAAAGGCUUAUUCUAUAUACUUUUAUUGCAUUUAUUGCAAGAUGUGUUACCCUGGUCUCAGUUCUGAAAUAAAUGCUCAUCCGUUUCAUACUGGAGAACCUAUAGCUGUCAGUGGAAUUUAUGUUGGUGAAGAUUUUUUAUCUGAAGCAGAUGAAGCUGACCUACUAAAAGCUUUAGAUGCAUUACCGUGGGACUGUUCUCAAAGUGGAAGAAGAAAGCAAAAUUUCGGCCCUAAAUGCAAUUUCAAGAAAAGAAAAUUAAAAUGUGGUGAUUUUAAAGGAUUUCCAGUUUCAACAAAAUUUGUGCAGGACAAAUUUAAAGAAGUUCCUUUACUUGAAGGUUAUCGAACUGUAGAACAAUGUUCUCUUGAAUACAACCCUGAUCGGGGAGCUUCUAUAGAUCCACAUAUUGAUGACUGCUGGAUUUGGGGAGAAAGGAUAGUAACAGUUAAUCUGUUAUCUGAUUCUGUAUUGACACUCACACCAUAUCAUGGAAAUAAGUACAAUAUAGAUUUAGCUCCUAUAAAGUUUGUGAAGAGUUUACCAGAUGUUGCCAUUAGAAUUCCUAUGCCAGCUAGAUCUCUGAUCAUCCUGACGCAAGAAGCUAGGUAUGGCUGGGAACACCAAGUUUACAGGGAUGAUAUAAAAGAAAGGAGGGUUUGUGUUGCUUAUAGAGAAUUCACACUGCCUUAUCUUCCUGGAGGAGAAUAUGCCAACGAGGGUACUGUAAUUUUAGAGAAAGCUGAAAAUUUUUUUUGA